AGACGCUGUCUGGAGAAUGUCAUUUUUGAGGAGACAGUCGUUGUCGGAACAUUGUCUUAGAGCAUGCAUUGCAGUUGCAGGGGGGACUAUUAUUUUAGACGCACAAGACAGUUCCUAUGUGUUUGACUUGCAGAGGACCGUCAAAGUAAUUGAAUAAAGGCUUUCACCUGGGCAUUUCAGGAAUUGGCGUCUUCUCAUUCAGGAACCAUGGAGUUGUUGUGUGUCCGUCUCAUGAGGAACCAACGCAGUUGCCUACCUGCCUACCUGUCUAGAAGCUUUCAAACCUCCCUUUGCCGACAGAGACAAUCAGCAACCAGGAGGACAUUACCUUCUACAGAACUCUACUCAACCAACACAUGUCGGAAUCUACUGCAGCCUGAAACCACAGACUCUGUUUGUCAACUACAAUUAAGGCCAUCUUUAUCUCAGAGACGACUUUUCUCAUCUGAGAAUGCAAGAACAGUACUUUUCCCAGUGGGGACACCUAGACCUGACCCUGCUGUCCACUGUCUCCCUGUUAUAUGGCUGUCUAAGCAUGGACAUAACUUCAUCCAUACCUCUGCUCCUCUCCGCGCCCUGCCUGCGCCUCUCAUAUGGCUGGUACUCAAACCCCUGCAGAAGAUAGUGGCUAUUAUACUGGGCAGGAGUAUCAGGAAGUGGUGGUUGGCCCUUCCGCCCAAUAAGCAGCAGCUCGUGCGUCAGAACUUCUGGCGUCGCCGUUGGCAGCUGGUGGCCGGGGGUAUGGUUGCUAUGGUGAUCAUGGCAUGUUUCUUCCUGACUCAUCUGGACGAAUCGCCCAUCACGGGACGCACACGCCUCCUAGUCUUCAGUAGAGAGAACUACAUGGAGCUGGCUGCAGUGACAGGAGAUGGGUACAUGGAGGAAUUUGCUGAGUUGAUGGUUCCAGAGAAGGAUCCUCGUCACCAGGUGGUAGAGAGAGUGGUGGAGCACCUGGCCCAGAGGAACAAAGACAUCCCAGAGGUCUCCUCUGUUCCAUGGAGCGUCCACUUGGUCGACAGCCCUACCGUCAACGCUUUCAUACUGCCUAAUGGAAAGGUGUUCAUGUUCACUGGGAUGUUGGAGGCCGUUGCAGAUAUUCACCAGCUCACCUUCAUCCUGGCACAUGAGAUGGCCCACGCAGUGAUGGGACACUCUGCAGAGCAGGCCAGUAUGUCUCAUGUGGUAGACUUCCUGUCUCUGAUCCUGCUAACAGCCAUCUGGGCCAUGUGUCCUCGAGACAGCCUGGCUGUACUGGGACAGUGGAUACAGACUAAGCUCAUACAGUUCCUGUUUGAUCGUCCCUAUAGCAGGAAGUUGGAGGCAGAAGCUGAUCAGGUUGGACUCCAGCUGGCUGCCAAGGCAUGUGCUGAUGUGCGGGCAGGGCCAGUGUUCUGGCAGCAGAUGGAGAUCAGUGACCAGCUGAGAGGAGAACAUUCAGUACCAGAGUGGCUCUCCACACACCCCUCUCACAGGAACAGAGUUCUACAGCUGGACAGGCUGGUCCCGCAGUACCUGGAGUUGAGGGAGAGCUGUUCCUGUCCUGCCCUCCCUGCUACAGACCCCAGAGCUGUUUUCGCUCAGAGUGUCAAAGUGCUGCUGAACGCUACUAGGGACCUGGAGGGAGAGGCUGGGAAGAGACUGAAACCACGAGCUCUGUCUCAGAGCCCAACCUCAGACCACAGCAGGGCUCCACAUCCAGGGGGACUGGCUACUGCCCUGCUAGCCUCCUCAGCCACAGCCUCACCUACAGCCACAGCCCUGACCCUAGACACUGCUACCCACCUCUAACCCCCGGGCCACUACCUUCGCCCCCUGUCUUCCCAGCCCCAACCCCAGGCCUAGUUCCAGUCAGUGAUUCUAGCUCCUUGAGUGCUAAUUGACUGAUGCUUGUAAGGUCUUGUAAAACUACUGUUGCCACCUGCUUCUGUGGAAUUGCUGCAAAAAGGUUUUGGGUAGCUGUUCUUUUUACUGUGUGUAAGAGGGUACAGGCAGAUGCUUUGAAUGUGUUGUGUGAAUACAUAGAGAUAUGAUCCUGUUUUAAUUGGAAGAUUUCAAGUGGGGACAUGCUGCACUCAAUGGCCUAAUGAGCAUAUACAAUGAGCAUAUACAGUGAGGUCCAAAAUGAUUGACUCCCCUGAUAAAGAUGAGCAGUAAUGACUGUAUAAAAUAAAUAAAUACAAUUGAUAUGAUUUUAUACUUCUACAAUUGCUUAGAGAAAGAGAUUUUGUUUAACAAGAAUUGUUUUCUCAAAAAGGUAGGGUUUGAAAUGAUUGACACCCCUAAAGAUUGACGCCUCUAAAGUAAAGUAAUCAAACGUUUAGUAUUUUGUCCCAUAAUCCUAUCACGCAAUGACUACAUCAAGCUUGUGACUCUACAAACUUGUUGGAUGCAUUUGCAGUUUGUUUUGGUUGGGUUUAAGAUUAUUUAGAAUAUAUGUCUCGACACUUCUACAUUGAUGUGGAUGCUACCAUGAUUACGGAUAAUCCUGAGUUAAUUGUGAAUAAUGAUGAGUGAGAAAGUUACAUAGGGUCAAAGAUCAUACCCCCAACACAUGCUAACCUCUCACCGUUACCAAUAACAGAAGAGAUUUAACAAAUGAUUGUUCAAACUAUGGCUAUAUGUCUUCUAUGUACACCUCACUGAAACUGCCAAGCAAUAAUUGAACAUGAUUUCCGAAAUCAAGUUUAUAAGGGAAAUAAAAGUCAAAACAUCUGAACUAUAAAAGAGUAAAACACUA